UCGGAGAUCCUGCCAGGCCAGGCGAGCAGGCUAGAGCCGCUGGGGCUUGAACAAGGGCUGCGGCCAACAGCUCUCCGGAGCAGCGAGCCCUCUGUAGGUGCUGCUGGGCCCUCGGCCGACGGGACACCGUGACGCGUCGACGAGGAUUUGACCUGGGCGGUAAGACCGGAAGGUCUUCAAGUGCUGGGAUGGCUCGCCAAUUGAACAAGCCACACAGCACGCGAGGUGGAGCCCAAAGCGGAAGUGCCAAGGCUGGCCCCGUUGAGGCGCCAUUCCGCUUGCAGACUAGCGGUCUCAAGUCUCCACACCGUUGCGCCAGAACAGCACCAAACAACCUUCAAACAAGGCAGGCUGAAGGGAGAAUCGAUGGGUGUGAAAGGUUACCGUAGCCGCUGGCCCAGCGGCCCCCCCGGCGCGAUGGAGUUUGCUCUUGUCCUCGAACUCUCCUGGAAGCUUUAGCCUUUUGUAAUAACAUAAGUAUGUAUCGCCUGGAGCAGACCCCUGGACGCUCCGUUAGUUCCGUGUUUCCAUUCACAUAUAUAUCCUCCCCCUGUCCGUUUCCACCUCGCACAUAUUGCUCCCAAGUUCCUGUUUCCUUACGUUGGUCGCUUGCUCUCUUUCCUUUCGAUUUCCCCGCCCAUCGUACAAGAUUGUUCCACGACGGCGAAUCGAUCGAGGCGUUGGAUCAAAAUAUAAACUGACCUUGAUAGCAUGCGUCUCGUUGUGCUGUCAUUGUCAGGUUGAAGGUCUUCUUUUGUAUCCUUGGAGAUGGUAGCAGCCUUCCUGCUUGCGAUAUGGCUUCUCAUCGUUCCGCCAGCCGUUUGCGAUGCCGAUUUCAUGAGCGUCAGAACAUCGAUGAACACGGAUUACAGCGGCAAAAAGGGCGACCCUGCUGAGAAGUACUUUCACGAAUCAACCUUCCACUAUCAUUAUGACGGCCGAUUUGCGUCCCAGCCUCUCGAAGACUCUCUACGAGUUCCACAUUUGACUGCCAUGGUAAAAUCCUACCUUUCCACGAUGAGUGAUAUCGGGGCAGAAACUUGGAUAAUGCACGGGACGCUGCUGGGAUGGUGGUGGAAUCAGAAAAUCAUGCCAUGGGACACAGAUAUCGACGUCCAGGUUUCCGAAACGACGAUGUACUUUCUAGCGCAGUACUAUAACAUGACUGAACAUCAUUUCAACGUUCCUGGUACCUCAGCCGGUCGCAAGUUCCUUCUCGAGAUCAACCCAAAUUUCGUGAUCCGAUCGCCAGAAGAUACGCUCAACGUGAUUGACGCACGAUGGAUCGACACAUCGUCCGGGCUGUUCAUCGAUAUAACCUGUGUACGGAAGGAUUAUGACGCACGCAAAAAAGGCCAAAAGGGUGCCCUUAUGACCAAGGACCGGCACAAGUACAAUGAGCAGGAUAUAUUCCCGUUACGUGACAGCUACUUCGAGGGUGUCACUGCGAAAAUUCCAUACGCCUAUACCACACUCCUGGAACGAGAAUACGGCAAGGACUGUCUCACGAAGACUUUUUACAAUAAGCACCAGUUUAAUGAAACAAGCAAGUUAUGGGAACCGGCCCCGGAAAACCCGGACGAUCCUGCCAAAAUGAUGGGGUGAUCAUUGAAAGCGCCCUCGCCGAGCAAGAAUGUCCGUUAAGGCCCGGUUCGAGGCUAUUCACUUGACUAUCAAGAAGCAGUGGCCAUCAAAUCUGCGCAGGGUAUAAUGGUAAAAUGUUCAAAAAUAGAGGCGUAUGUCAGCGCUUCUUUUGCAUCUGAUAUGGUGUUAUUGGGAAUCUAGCAUUGAAUGGCAUUUGUGGAGUUAUCGCAGUGUUGCAUCUUCAUUUCAUUUCCGCUAUACAAUUUGCAAAUCAGCUUGGAUACAGGAUAAAUUUGCAUUUACCUCUCUGAGUUCUAG